AUGCAACACUGCCCUACCGCCUCGGCUGGGAGGUUACAGCGGUCCCGAGCAACGAUGCUAUGCCACUUUUUACGGAGGAGCUAUGGGGCUAGACGUCUUCUGAGUACAGGUGUCAACCUUGAAGAGGUUGUACCACUAUCAUCCUUUAGUAUAGUUUGCUUCAGGGAGCACCGAAAAGGACCCAUGACAUCCGGGGAACACCGGGCGCAGGGCUUUAUGUUUAUCGAGAGGAACCAGGAGCCAUGGGUUUCCCCCUUCGAUGAACUAAACUAAGCUGGACUCGCACAUCUCCAAGAAUAAGCCCCUACCUGCGGCGGGGGCUUCCUUCUUUCCAUCGACGUCUCCAGCUAUGGCAGGCUUUAAACGGGGCUAUGAUGGCAAGAUUGCGGGCUUGUACGAUCUAGACAAGACACUGGGUCGAGGCCAUUUUGCUGUUGUCAAACUGGCCCGCCAUGUCUUCACUGGGGAGCAAGUGGCAGUAAAAGUGAUUGACAAGACUAAGCUUGACACGGCAGCUACCGGCCACCUUUUUCAGGAAGUGCGCUGCAUGAAGUUGGUCCAGCAUCCCAACAUUGUGCGUCUGUAUGAAGUGAUAGACACUCAGACUAAACUUUACCUUAUCUUGGAGCUUGGUGAUGGAGGCGAUAUGUUUGACUACAUCAUGAAACAUGAGGAGGGUCUUAAUGAAGAAUUGGCUAAAAAGUAUUUUGCCCAGAUUGUCCAUGCUAUUUCCUACUGCCAUCAACUGCAUGUGGUGCACAGAGACCUCAAGCCAGAGAAUGUGGUAUUUUUUGAAAAACAAGGACUGGUCAAACUGACCGACUUUGGAUUCAGUAACAAGUUUCAACCAGGAAAAAAGCUGACUACCAGUUGUGGAUCUCUGGCAUACUCUGCACCAGAAAUACUUCUGGGUGAUGAGUAUGAUGCUCCAGCUGUAGAUAUUUGGAGUCUUGGUGUGAUCUUGUUCAUGUUGGUGUGUGGCCAACCACCCUUUCAGGAGGCCAACGACAGUGAAACUCUUACCAUGAUCAUGGACUGUAAAUACACCGUUCCAGCCCAUGUGUCCAGUGUCUGCAAAGAUCUGAUAGACCGUAUGCUUCAGAGGGACCCCAAGCAGCGAGCUUCCCUGGAGGAAAUUGAGAGCCAUGCCUGGCUGCAGGGGGUAGACCCAUCUCCAGCCACCAAAUACAACACUCCCCUGGUUUCUCACAAGAACCUGUCUGAGGAAGAACACAAUAACAUCAUCCAGCGCAUGGUGAUGGGAGACAUUGCCGACCGAGAAGCCAUAGUGGAAGCCCUGGAGACCAAUAAAUACAACCACAUCACAGCCACAUACUACUUAAUAGCAGAGAGGAUUUUGAGGGAAAAGCAGGAGAAGGAAGUCCAGACCCGGUCGUCUAGCCCCAGCAACAUCAAGGCGCACUUCAGGCAGUCAUGGCCCUCUAGAGUGGACAUGCAUCAGGAUUUGGAAGACAGCUUGGCAGCUUCCUCCAUCUCUCAUGCUGGAGGCCCUCAGUCUCCGGCCCGCAGUGCUGAGAACCUUCUCAACGGACACCGCUCCAAAGGUGGAAUGGAGCUGAGCAGACGAGAAGAGAUGGUGACAGACUUAACAGGGCCACCAGAUCAGGGAGCCUGUGCUGCUUCCUUAGCCUCUGACUUUGGUUCCGGCUCUGGGGCCAUCAGCACAUUGUACUCAACAGCUGCCAAGCAGCACACCUGUUUGUUCAGGGUGGAGGAGGAUGAAGAGGAGGAAGAAGAGCAGGACCCCUCUCCUCUCCCAACCCAGGUGAUCCUACGCCAUAAGCCUCCUUCCAUCACCAACCGCCUCACUUCCAGGAAGAGUGCCCCAGUCCUUAACCAGAUCUUUGAGGAAGCGGGGGAGUCAGAUGAUGACUUUGACAUGGAUGAAGGCCUGCCCCCUAAACUCAGCCGUCUCAAAAUGAAAAUGGUAGGGAACACCACCAGCCUGAGCUCUGGGGCUGGCUCCACCUCGUCCCCGGGAUCCACACAAAAGCGUUACCAUCGGCGAAAGAGCCAGGGAAGGGGCUCGUCGUGUUCCAGCUCAGAGACGAGUGACGACGAUUCAGAAAGUCAUCGUAGACGUCUGGACAAAGACUCUGGCUUUACUUAUGGCUGGAACAGAAGGGACAGCAGUGAGGGCCCACCUGGUAGUUCAGGGGGCAAUGGAGGAGGCAGCAGCUCAGGCCAAGGGAAGCCCCCUGGAGAGGGAGGCACCUCUGGCCCAGACAAGGGGAGUCCUCCAGGUGGUGGAGGGAAUGAAGGUGGAGGGGGCAGGGACAAUGGGGGAAGUGGGGGAGGAGGUGGUGAUAAGGGACAAGACAGCCCCUCCAGCUGUUGUAACAACUCCAUGAGCUCUCAGUCUAGGCCAUCCCGCACAGUAGGCUGCAGCACAGAGCUGGUGGAAAGUCUAAAGCUCAUGAGUCUCUGCCUUAGCUCCCAGCUGCAGGACAUCCGUGCGGGCCAGGGGGUACGAGAAGCUGGACAAAGAGGCAGCAAGUUCUUUAUUGACCCCUGCAAGCUUUCUGAAAGGAGUGCGAAAAAGGUCCAGGAAAGGUCCAGCUGGAGAAUGUGCAUUGGCUCCAAUAGGAGCCUGGACACCAUCACUCUUCCCACCACCACCCUGCCUCGGAACUAUAACCACCGCAAAACCACAUCGCACCCCCCCCCCAAACUUUACCCUGGGCCGGGGGCCAGAGAUUCUCACAGCAGCCUGAGCACGUUGAAAAACGGCGUGCUUCAACUACCUCUGUGUGAGAAAACCAUCUCUGUCAACAUCCAGCGGGGUGGGGACUCCAGGGACGGCCUGCUCUGUACCUCAGCUCCGGCCAGCUGCUGCCAGGUCAUUUAACUCCCACCUCCACACACAGACAAAAAGAAAACCUGGACAUUGCUCCACCUUCUGCUGCGCACACUGUUAAAACUUAUCAUGUUUUCUCUUUCAUUUGUUGUUUGUUUGUUUGUUGUUGGAAGGUUUGUCUUAAUGGUAGCUACAUAAUGGGAAGUCCACCAGAGAUGAUCCUCAGCAGAUUUACUUAAUGCCAGUAAACAUUUUUGAAUUAAACAUAUUUGGGUUUAUUCCCUUUCACACAACCCCAAUACUGUGCUGUACUGAGAGUGAAAACCAAGCACUUUUACACAACCUUUGUCUGUCAACACACCAUACAACACAUCUGACAUUUAGUUUCUCUGAACCACUGAUCACAUAGCAGCUAUACCUGUAGACAGGUGUUUGUUCUAAGUCUCAAUGCUGCAGUCAGACAAUCUACGUUGCUUUUAUUAGUGUAUAUGGUAAAACCAUUUUUACAUUGUCAAAACUCUUUAAAUUUAAAAUUCAAAUUGGAAAGCAAGAAAAGAUUAUGCUGUAGCAGCAGGUGUUUCUGCUAACCAUAUAUUUAAAUAUGGGCUAUUAUUUUUCUAUUCAUGACAUUGUGUUGCUGUAUCAGGGUAGUUUGCUCUGAUUUGACCUCUGCCUCUUUUUUCUUUGUCACCUAGAGUUUCCUCAUGUCCUGAGAAUGUAUAUACAAGUAUGUUGAAAAGUAAAGUUUAUUUUUAAAAAAAUAUUCUCUUCUGUUUUAAAUGUUGAUAAAAAGCCCAUGUAGAGUGUCACUGGUAAGAAUAGGUUUUCAGCAGCUGGCCGUUCGAGAACACAGGGUAAUGGGCAAUAAGCUAAACGGUGUGUUGCAGCUAAUUGUACAGAAACAAUUUUAUUGAUCUCAAAAAUUUUUUUCUAUUCCAAGUGUGUGCAGCCUUAUGGUGGCCACAGAAAAAAGGAAAGCUACAUUAGAUUCAGUUUAUCUUGGUUCUUGUGUGAAUUUUUGUGAAAACCAAAUGUACAGAGGUUUGUGUGUAUAUACAGUGCUCCUCCUUUAUAUCUAGAAGCUGUUGGUGCAUAGCUGUACAGUAAUCUAGUGUGUGACAUGAUUCUGGUCAUACUGUCUUACUUGGCUCUAUCAAGGUGAAUGAUGUGCAUGUGUUUCAGUGUUUGACAUUUAGCAACUCUGAAGAGUGAAUGCAAAAAUGUUACUCGACCAAAAAGCAGUAAAAGAGAAAGACAUGCAUUGGAACUGACAGGAACAUUCAUUAUUCUGUAGUUGCUACCUGUUGUCAGAUGUAACAUAUAGCCAUGAUUAUAUCCAAAAAAUAAAUGUGGAGUACUGUCUUCGA